AUGCAGUUCACCAAGGCUCUUCUCUUCCUGUCGGCCCUCGCGCCUGUCGCAUUUGCUACUGAAGCUGCCUCAGCUGAGUGUAUCACCCAGACCAUCACUCUGGUGCCUUCCGGCUACACUCCCCCAUCGUCCACCUCGACUCCAAUCGCAACGACUGAAACUCCCUCCUCGACCUGGACUCCUGUCAUCACUAGCACUCCCUCCCCCAGUGCUACCCCUUCUGUGAGCCGCAUUGCCAGCUCCUCUACUCGCCUGAUCAAGUCUACCACCCACGCUGGUGAGACUGCCUCGGCCACUCCUUCGGUCCCUGCUACCGCCGGUGCUGCCUCUGUCCAACUCCCUGGUUUCAUGGCUGGCGCAGUCGCCAUUGCUGGUCUUUUCAUGAUCUAA